CUCUUCUCCAUCUCUCCAUUCAAACCUACAACCUGACGAUCAGUAUCUUCCUCUACCGACCUAAACUUCCAACAUGCAUUUCACCACUCUUUUCCUCACUGCCGUCUUGCCUCUCCUGGCGCUGGCUGCCCCUGUCCACCCUCGUGCUGUCUCGCCUACUCAGUACGAGAUCCCGGUCAUGAACGUCCACUUCAUGGGCAGGGACAGCGGUAUCCCGGGUGGAUGGCCUGAGAGCUCCAAGUUCAACAGCACUUUGUCCUUCACCCUCAACUACCCCGACUUGGACAACGACAGCACACUGAGCACCACUUGUGAUGGCAGCUGGGUCGAACACCAGCCGCUGACGGGAUGGAAUUCCUGCAAGGACAAUGCUGUCUCCUGGAAGUUUGAUGAGUUCACCAGCGAGGCCAACUUCGUCCUUAGUGUGAAGAAUCAGGUUUCUGCCACGUCUGCUUACACUGGAAAUGUUGACAUCACCGCCAAUGCUGGAGGUGCUUACCUCACUUGUGUCGGUGGCGCUCCUCUUACCGGCAUCAAGUGCAACUUGGACGGUAUCUUUGCCGGCACCAAGCCUUCUCCGAUCAUCAUCCCCGUGUCAGAGGUCUCAGCUCCCACCAACUAAGUCUCGUGGUUGUAAACAUCUUGCCAUGAGUAAUGAAAGAGAAACGAUGUAACAGGUUGUAUGAUGGAAUAAAGACAAGAAGGCUGGCUGGUGUUCAAGAACGGGAGGUUGACUGGAACGAAUUCUGAACUGUAUAACCUUUGCUUCAAUAAUUACUGAAUGAAAUGUCCGAAAAGGCUAAUUUAUAAAUCAAACACAUGGUGUAUUUUCUUUUGCCUUCCCAUGAUUAUGACUUACGCUAGCCUCGAUCUUACUCCUGUCCCG